AUGUUGGUCAUUGCACACUAUAUGCAGAGGGGCUUCGUUUUUGCAAAGCCUCCAGGAUUUGACACCGAUGGUGAAAACCAACUUCAAGAACUUGUGCAGAAACUCAAGGAAUCACUUUCUCUCACCCUUGUUCAUUUCUAUCCAUUAGCAGGUCGUCUGGUAACGCAGAAAAAAGCUGAGAAUCCUUCUGAAUUGGCAAUUUAUAUCGAUUGCAAUAAAAGUCCUGGGGCUCGAUUUAUUCUCGCAUCAUUGGACUUGACCAUGGAUGAUAUACUUUCAACGACGUACGUUCCCCGAAUUUUGAGAUCAUUGUUUGAUCAUGAGAGGUCAAUCAACUAUGAUGGUCACACCGAGUCUUUGCUGACCAUUCAAGUCACUGAGUUGAUAGAUGGAAUCUUCAUUGGAUGCUCCAUGAACCAUAUGGUAGGGGAUGGGAUAUCUCUCUGGCAUUUCUUGACCUCAUGGUCAGAGAUAUUCAAAGCGGAGGAAAAAACUAGUGUAAUCUCAAGGCCCCCAGCACAUGAUCGACUGUUUCCACGGGGACGACAUAAUCCGUUUCUCAGACUUCCAUUGAUUUAUGACCAUGAUGAUCAGGUCAUCAUCAAUAGAGAUGAAGCAGAUAUAUUGCCAGCUGAUAUGAUUAGGGAAAAAAUAUUUCAUUUCUCAUCUGAGACAGUGAGAAAGCUGAAAGCAAAAGUAAAUGCUGAGCGGAAUGCUACUGAGAUUUCUUCCUUGCAGGCAGUGUCAGCUCAUCUUUGGAGAUGCAUAACAAGGGCUCGGAACUUCCCAUCAGAUCGAAAAACAAGCUUUGUUAUGGUUGCAAAUGCAAGAUCAAAGUCAGUUCCACCAGUGCCUGAGGACUACUUCGGUAACUAUCUGCGAGCAGCGAUAGCAACAGCUGGCUGUGGUGAAUUACUGGAACACGGCCUAGGAUGGGCAGCAUGGCUAUUGCACCAGGAAGUGAUCAAUCAGACAGGCUACGGAAUAUCACAUGAGCAGAUGGAAUCAUGGCUGCAAUCGGCAAUCCUAUCUGGUAGUGAUGCUCCCGAUCCCAGUAGAUUACUCUUGGCAGGCUCUCCACGAUUUAACGUGUACGGAAUUGAUUUUGGACUUGGGAUUCCAGUAGCAGUUCGAACCGGUAGUGCAGACAAAUUCGAUGGGAAAAUGGUUGUGAGUCCAGGAGUUGAAGGAGGUGGAAGCAUGGACUUUGAGAUUUGCCUUCUACCACAUAUAAUGACUUCUCUUGAAUCAGACAAGGAGUUCAUGGAGACAGUCUCUUAG